GCGGCCCUGGAGGCAGCUGUCACCUGUAAGGCGAGCACCGCGCAUGGGGGAUGGAGUCCGGCGCCCAUUGGACAGGCUGUAAAGGCAGACACCUACCCCGAAGACUGGGGACCCCGCGGGGCGGCGGCGGGGGUCGCGCGCUGCGGCCCCCGGCUCCUUUCUCCAGGAGACUGCCGGGCCCCGCUGCGCUGGCAUGACCGAGGUCCAGCUUCGAGGACACGCCCGUCACGCCUCGGUGAAAAAGAUCAGGUGAGCCUGGUCGAGGCGGACCUGACUCCCGGAACCCCGGCUCCCUCCUCCGGCGGCGCCGCGACGUCCACCUUGCCCAGCAACCGGGAACCGCGGAGUUGGUGGGAGCGGGCGGCCUGGCUCCCCCCUUGCGGGGCGAUAAGUGACCAUGGCGCUGGCCGCGGCCGCGGCCGCGGCGGCCGCCGGGGUGAGCCAGGCGGCGGUGCUGGGCUUCCUGCAGGAGAACGGCGGGAAGGUGCGCAACUCGGAGCUGCUGAGCCGCUUCAAACCGCUGCUGGAGGCCGGCGACCCACGCGGCCGCGCCGCCCGCAGGGACCGCUUCAAGCAGUUCGUCAACGACGUGGCCGUGGUGAAGGAGCUUGACGGCGUCAAAUUCGUGGUGCUGAGGAAGAAGUCGCGGUCCCGCGACGGACCCGAGCCCCCGCCCUGCUGCUUCCAGAGCGCCCUGGAGGAACCAGCCCCGCCGUCGAAGGUCACUUCUGUAUCACAGGAGGAAACCGCGGCCUCGGGGGCUCUGUCCUCGUCCUCGGCACCGAGGGCGGCGGAACCGGCUGAGGACCCGGCCCCGCCAUCAGAGCCGCAGGACACCACCGGGGCUCCGGCCUCAGAGCCCACUCAGGGGCUGUUGUUAGACUCGGCCUGGCAGUUAGGGGUGCCCUCGGACCCCCAGAUUCCAGCUUUCGAGCUGGCCCAGCCCGCUGAGGGUCUCUCUGAAGAUGUGGCCCCACCGUACACGGCGCCGUCAGAGGUAACCUCGCCCCGCGUAGAACCGCCAGACCCGGAAGCUGCGCCUCGGGGGCCACCACCACCCGCUCCGCGCCCGCCGCCUCAGAAGCCCUGCAUGCUGCCCGUGCGCUGCGUCCCCGGCCCCUCGGCGCUGCGGAUCCGGGCUGAGGAGCAGGGCCUGCGCAGGCAGCUGUCUGAGGAGCCCAGCCCGCGGAGCUCCCCGAUGCUGCUGCGGCGGCUCUCGAUUGAGGAGGCCGGCCUGGGCCUCGGUCUGGGCUCUGGCCGCUCCCCUCACCUGAGGCGCCUGUCGCGCGCCGGCCCGCGCCUGCUGAGCCCCGACACGGAGGAGGCUCCGGCUGCCCCGCCGCCGUCCGCCGUGCCCCUGGAGCCGGCCGAACACGAGUGGCUAGUGCGGGCGGCUGGGGGCCGCUGGACCCACCAGCUGCACGGGCUGCUGCUGCGCGACCUCGGCCUGGCAGCCAAACGCGACUUCAUGUCUGGUUUCACGGCCCUGCACUGGGCCGCCAAGAGCGGCGACCUCGAGAUGGUGCAGCAGCUGGUGGAGGUCGCGCGGCGUGGGGGCGCACGGGUCGACGUCAACGCGCGCUCGCACGGCGGCUACACGCCGCUGCACUUGGCGGCGCUGCACGGCCACGAGGAUGCGGCCGUGCUCUUGGUAGUCCGCCUGGGUGCGCAGGUGCACGUGCGCGACCACAGCGGACGGCGCGCUUACCAGUACCUGCAGUCCGGCGCCUCGUAUGCUCUGCGUCGUCUACUUGGCGACCCUGGCCUGCGAGGUUCGACCGAACCUGACGGGGCUGCUGGUGGUAGUGGCAGUUACGCGGCCCGGCGCCCCGUGCAGGUGGCGGCCACCAUCCUCAGUUCCACCACCAGCGCGUUUCUGGGCGUCCUGGCUGAUGACCUGAUGCUCCAGGAUCUGGCUCGAGGCAUGAGGAAGUCAAGUUCCUUAAGCAAAUUCUUGGGAGCCUCGCCCAUGGCUCCUCGUAAAAAGACAAAGAUCCGCGGCAGUCUGCCAACCUUUUCAGAAAUCUCUCGUCGACCCACUCCGGGGCCCUUGGCUGGUCUAGUGCCCAGCCUACCCUCAGCAACCUGACGGUUCCCAAGGUUACGAUUUAGUCGCUCUAAUCGCCCCUCCCUCUCACAGUCAAAGCCUGCCCAAGACCAUGGUCCAACACUUUUGGCUCCAUCGUGUCUCCAGCUUUGUCCACUGCAGCCUGUUUUACCCAAGCGGGCCUUUGCCUCCAACUUCUUAAUCUUUCUCCAGAGAUGGGAUUCAAGAUCUCAGUGAGAGCCUCCUAUGAAGAACUCUGGAAAUCAGGCUUGAACCUUGGAGGAGAUUUGCAAUUUAGGAUCAAAGGUUCAGGGGCAGCAGCUGGUCUGGCCCCUGAAUGAUUUAACCCAAUGCCUCUGCAUCUAUAUCUUCCAAAGCAGAAUUACAGUUUUGUGUGAUGAUAGAUUAUUUGUCAGCUUUAAGCUAUGCAGUGCAUUUGUAAUUUGAUGCUUUUAUCCUGUUUUUAAGUUGAAAUGAGGUAAAACAACUUUCAUAAAAUAACCUCUUGAAAUUAUAUUUUUCCAAAAUGCUCAGACAUUUUCAAUCUUUUGCUAAAUAUUUUGGAAUUCUAUUUAAAAAAAAACCAAACGAUCAAGAUCUAAAGGAAUUAAGUCCCAACCAACAAAACCCUUGAAUGGUUAUCUACCUCAUUUUAAGCAAUCAAGAUGCCAGACAGUCUUGAACACAGAAAGUGACCAUUGUGAAUGUAAUUAAUUUCGGUUAUACUGUGAAUGCUAAAUAUUAGAAAACAAGUGCAUCUUGGAAGUAAAAGUGAUUUAACAAUGAGAGAAAAGAGACAUUUUUGGCAAAUACUUUUAAUUUGUGGGUUUUUUUUUCCCCCUUUGAGCCCAGCUCUGGGUUAUUUAUUUAUUUAUUUUUAAAUUGAAGAAGAAACAAAGGUACAGAGCAAUUAAGUAACUUUGUCCAAAGUGUUAGUUGCUCAAUCAUGUCCGACUCUUUGCGACCCCAUGGACUGUAGCCCACUAUGCUCCUCUGUCCGUGGAAUUCUCCAGGAAAGAAUACUGGAGUGGGUUGCCAUGCCCUUCUCCUGUGGUUGUCUUUAUGGUGAAAUAUAAACAUGUAUCUUUGGCAGUGGUCGCUGGCUACUUUGAUAUGGCAUGAAUAUUUAACUUUUAAAAAUUUGAUUUAUUUGUGAAUUGCACCAUUGUGCCAUGUUUCUGAAUCUGUGGCUUUCAAAUCUGGCUGAGCCUUUCACUGCAGUAGGUGAAUAUUCAAAGACAAAAAAUGUCAUAGCCUAACAACAGGAAAAUAACUGGUUAAAUAGUAACAGAUACAAUUAAGGAGCAACUAUUUUAUACGAAAGUUCUAUACAAGCAAAACUUAUGUGGUAGCCAUUUUAAAAAGCCAUCUGAAAGCAAACAACUUAUUCCAAAAUAGCAAAUGCAAAGUCUCCUUGCUCAGCGACUUUAGAGAGGUUGCUUAAUUUACCUGUAUCUUUGCUCCUAUUUAUAACUGAGAAGGUUUUAAGUAUUGCCAGGAUUUCUCAGGUUCAACCCAGCGUAAUUGUAAUGGCUCUUUUCCCAUUUUAAAGAUAUGGAGUCUAUUUGCUCAACCAAUCUUUUUAAAAAAUAUCAUAUUGUAAUAAUGCUCUGCUUUUGCAAAUUGGGUUUGCAUGUGAUUAGUUAUACCAAAUAGUUUUUGUGGCCAGGGUAGUGGGGCUGCCCUCCCAUAUAUGUAUCAGUGAGGCCUCUGAAAUUAUUUAAGGCAGUCCUUCCUGGAAUGUUUUGAUUUAAACAAUGAAAUAAACAUUUUCCCAUUUUGUUC